AUGGCUGCUGUAUACAAGAGCUUGUCGAAGAAGACCGACCAAAAGGCUGAGGCGCCUGCCGAUGGUGUUGUAAAGAGGGCCAACAAGCAGCGUGUCUUGUUGCUCUCUAGCAGAGGCGUGACGUACAGACACCGACAUCUCCUCAACGACUUGGCCACCUUGAUGCCUCAUGCGAAGAGAGAUGUCAAGUGGGAUCAGAAGUCGAACCUUUCAGGUCUUAAUGAGCUCGCUGAGCUCUACAACUGCAAUCACAUCUGCUAUUUCGAGGCUCGCAAAGGAAAGGAUCUUUACAUCUACUUGGCCAAGACGCCCAACGGCCCCUGUGUGAAGUUCCAUGUGCAGAACAUUCAUACUAUGGAAGAGCUCAAUUUCCCUGGAAAUUGCUUGAAAGGAUCUCGUCCGAUCCUGUCCUUCGACAGCGCGUUUGAAACAGAACCCCAUCUGCAACUCAUCAAAGAAAUCCUGAUCCAGCAAUUUGGCGUCCCGCAGGGCACGCGCAAAUCGAAACCUUUCGUCGAUCGCGUCAUGGGCUUCAGCUAUCUUGACGGCAAGAUCUGGUUGCGGAAUUUUGAGAUCAAGGAGCAGGAAUCUAACGGACAGGAGGAUGGGGAAACCGUAACCAAAGGUGGCAAGACCAUUUCCACGUCACUUCAGGAAAUCGGCCCUAGGGUUACCCUGACGCCCGUGAUCGUUCAAGAGGGCUCAUUUGGCGGACCUCUUAUCUUCGAAAACAGAAACUUCGUCAGCCCCAACUUUGUGCGUGCUGAUCUCAGAAGGCAGAAGGCUGCCAGGCACAACGCCCGGGCCGAGAAGGUUGUUGAACGGCUGUCAAAGAAGGGUGAUCUUGGUCUCAGGUCCAAGGAUGGACAGCCUGUGGCCAAGGAUGAGUUGGACACUAAGGCCUUGUUUGCGUAA